AUCGCCAGCCAGUUUGAGCUGACGACCGGCAAGAGGAGGGUCAAGUCGAGAAGCCUCUGUUUUUGCCACGAAGAUGAUGCGUAUUUUGGUGACUCUGCUGCUGGCCGCUUUCCACGCGAUUCCCUCCUCCUGGGCCAUAGCCUGCACAGGCUGCGUGGAUCUGGACGAGCUCAGUUUCCAGAAGACAGUCGAGCAUUUUCCCUACUCCAUAGUCAAGUUCGACAUUGCAUUUCCUUAUGGAGAGAAGCACGAGGCCUAUGCCGCCUUCACGAAGUCCGCCCACAGAGCUACCAAGGACCUACUUAUAGCCACUGUGGGCAUCAAGGACUAUGGCGAGCUGGAGAACAAGGCCCUAGGCGACCGUUACAAAAUCGACGAAAAGAAAUUCCCGGCUAUCUUCCUGUUCAAGGGAAAUGCAGAGGACUAUGUCCAGCUUCCGAGCUACAAGGACAUUACUGUCAACAACUUGAAGGCCUUUGUUAAUGCCAACACACCUUAUUAUAUCGGCCCCGAUGGCUGCAUCAAGGAGUUUAAUGACGCGCUCAAGAACUACGUCAACUUCCCCGAUGAAAAGCAACUGAAACUCAUCGAGGAGCUGCAGGCGAAGCAGGAGCAGCUGACCACUGAGGAGGCGCAGCAGAAUGGCAGGGCCUAUCUGAUCUAUAUGCGGAAGAUCCAUGAGCUGGGCUACGACUUCCUGGAGGACGAGACCAAGAGGCUGUUGCGCCUGAAGGCCAGCAAGGUCUCGGAGGGCAAGAGGGAGGAGCUGCAGAAGAAGCUGAACAUACUGGAUGCCUUUCAAGUCAGCAAGGUCACCAAAGCUCAGCCCCAAAAGCAGGAGCUUUGAACUUGUCUAGCUGAUAUUUGUUAAACUUAUUACACUUAAGAAUUUUUAAUGAUCAUUAUAAGUGUCCAAGCUCGGCAGAAAAUGUGAGUGUACAAUAAAACUAAAGAUAAACACAUUUUUUAUUCCCCAUUGGACUUUAUACGAUUACAAGUAAAAUUAUUAUAAUAAUUAAACGAACUUGUCAAUCUCAACAAAGCAAAUACUUAAUGUACCUCUACUUUAUAAAACCUUGUACUUCCCGUAAUCAAAAUGUCUGUACAAAAAUGAUUGGCGGUCAUUUUUUAAAUCCUCUACCACGUGAAAAUAAAUAUUUACAAAAAACUG